GCCAUUUUCUUCCCUCAGCACCCAAAUGUUAGGAUUAUAGGCAUACACCAUCGCGGCUAGUCUACAUGGUGCUGGGGAUUGACCCUAAGGAUUCCCUCAUGCUAGGCAAUCGCUCUACCAACGGGUGCUCUUCAGCCUCAGUGUCUCUCUCUCUCUCUCUCUCUCUCUCUCUCUCUCUCUCUCUCUCUCUCUCUCUCUCUCGGUAGACCACCCAGGAUGAAGGGAGGUGUAGUGAGGCAGCUCAGGAAUUGGUCACCGAGGCAUGAGCUCGAGUGGGCUCUACAUCUCAUGGGAGUGUGAAUUGAUAUUGUCCCUCAAGCCCAGAUUUCCAGAGAUCUAGGAACGGAAGGUUCUCUGUCUGCUAACGCGUACGGGCGAGGGACAGAGAGAUGGGUCAGCAGGUUAAAACGUUUGUUGACACCCGAACUGAAGGCCGGAGUUCAGUCUCUGGAAGCCACACGGUGGGAAGGAGAAAACAUCCUCCUGAAAGUUGUCCUGUGACCUCCACAUGAGCCACAGCACGUAGCCCUACAAAAUCAAUGAAUAGAUAAAUAAAUUAGGAACUAAGCGUGUGGGGUGCAUGUCCCUUCAGGGUGAAGCUUUUCCUUUGGUAAAACCGAUAACCCCAGUUACCAAGAUAAAUUGAUUUUUUUAGAAUUUGCCUAUUAUUUAUUUAAUAGAUAGGUUCUGAAGCAUGCUGGGCUAGCACUCUACCCCUCAACUAUAUCAUUGGUCCCCACCCUCUGUUGAAACAGGGCCUCACUAUACAGCCAAGUUGACUUGAAUUUAUAAUCCUGCCUCGGGCUCCUGAUGGCUGGGAAUACAGGAUUCUCAGUCCGCUUUACUUUUUAAAAGAAAAUCUGAUGUGAAGUCUCACUACGUAGCCCAGGCUGGCUCCAAAGUAGUGCUGUUCCUGCCUUGGUUUCCCCAAAACGUUUAAAGCUCAUGGCAAAGCUGAGCACAAAAUACAGAGUUCCUGUAGGCAUUCUCCCUCCCCCCACACACGCACGGUCUCUUGUCAACACCCUACCUCAGAGUGGCACACCAGCGAGAAUCAAUGAGCCUGUAUUUGCACAUCAGGCAUUCGAAGUCCACAGUCUACAUUAGUGUCUCCUGGUGCUGUUCACUCGGACUCCUGUCCAGGCUACUAUUUGCUGUGUGGGCGGGUGGAACCCAGGGCCCUGCACAUUAGGAUGCUACCCAUCACCGACUACCUGCUGUACCUGCUGGGACUGGAGAAGACCGCCUUCCGCGUGUACGUCCUAUCGGCUCUGCUGCUUUUCCUCCUUUUCCUCCUCUUCCGCCUGCUCCUGCAGGCAUUCAAAUUAUUCAGUGACUUCCGCAUCACCUGUCGCCGGCUGAGCUGCUUCCCAGAGCCUCCAGGCCGCCACUGGCUACUGGGCCACAUGAGCAUGUAUCUUCCCAACGAGAAGGGCCUUCAGAAUGAGAAGAAAGUGCUGGAUACCAUGCACCACAUCAUCCUGGCAUGGGUCGGACCUUUCCUGCCUCUGCUGGUGCUUGUGCAUCCUGAUUACAUCAAGCCUGUGUUGGGUGCCUCAGCUGCCAUUGCGCCCAAGGAUGAGUUUUUCUAUAGCUUCCUGAAACCUUGGUUAGGGGAUGGGCUUUUGAUCAGCAAAGGGAACAAAUGGAGCCGGCACCGCCGUCUGCUCACGCCUGCCUUCCACUUUGACAUCCUGAAGCCCUACAUGAAGAUUUUCAACCAGAGCGUGAACAUCAUGCACGCUAAAUGGCGGCGGCAUCUGGCAGAGGGCUCGGUGACCUCCUUUGACAUGUUCGAGCACGUCAGCCUCAUGACCCUGGACAGCCUUCAGAAAUGUGUGUUCAGUUACAGUAGUGACUGCCAGGAGAAAUUGAGCGAUUACAUCUCCUCCAUUAUUGAACUGAGCGCUCUGGUGGUGCGGCGCCAAUACCGCUUGCAUCACUAUCUGGAUUUCAUCUACUACCUCACUGCCGACGGGCGGCGCUUCCGCCAGGCCUGCGACACGGUGCACAACUUCACUACUGAAGUCAUACAGCAGCGGCGGCGGGCGCUGCGCGAGCUGGGUGCCGAGGCAUGGCUGAAGGCCAAGCAGGGCAAGACCUUGGACUUCAUAGACGUGCUGCUGCUGGCCAAGGAUGAAGAGGGGAAAGAAUUAUCUGACGAAGACAUCCGGGCUGAGGCGGAUACGUUCAUGUUUGAGGGUCAUGACACAACAUCUAGUGGGCUGUCGUGGGCGCUGUUCAACCUGGCGAAGUAUCCGGAGUACCAGGACAAGUGCCGGGAAGAGAUCCAAGAAGUCAUGAAAGGCCGAGAGCUGGAAGAGCUGGACUGGGAUGACCUGACGCAGUUGCCCUUCACCACCAUGUGUAUCAAGGAGAGCCUUCGCCAGUUCCCGCCCGUGACCCUCAUCUCUCGUCGCUGCACAGAGGACAUCAAGCUGCCCGACGGACGCAUCAUUCCCAAAGGAAUUAUCUGCUUGGUCAGCAUCUACGGGACCCACUACAACCCCUUAGUGUGGCCUGACUCUAAGGUAUACAAUCCCUACCGUUUUGACCCAGACAUUCCACAGCAGCGCUCCCCGCUGGCCUUUGUGCCUUUCUCAGCAGGUCCCAGGAACUGCAUCGGGCAGAGCUUCGCCAUGGCAGAGAUGCGAGUGGUCGUGGCGCUGACACUCCUGCGCUUCCGCCUGAGCGUGGACCGAACCCGCAAGGUGCGGAGGAAGCCGGAGCUUAUUCUACGCACGGAGAACGGCCUUUGGCUCAACGUGGAGCCGCUACCCUCGCGGGCCGGAGUGCCCCGAGGCCCCACGGAACCUGAGGUUCAGGCUCCGCCCGCUCAGGCCUAGACCACGCCUCCAAAGGCCUGGAUCCGCCCCCAAGAUAUUGAGGACGUUGACUACGCUCCUCGAAAGCACAGGAGGACCAAGCUUUGUAGAGGAGCAGCUUGUUGGUGCUGACUUCGCCCCUCAGGACAAGACCCCAUCCUUGGGAUUUGGGUCAAAGUUCUGUCUUGAAUUACUCCCACCGGCCCUCAGCGUGUGGGGAUCAUGCUAGGCCCCGCCCCCUCGGGCAUGGGCUGCGGGCCCCAGUUUAAAUCAGAUUACCCUGGCCCUGCGGAUUCCCAGGCCCGGCCCACAGAAACUUCCCCGGACCUAAGACUCACCGCUGGGGUUGUAUCCUCACUUUCCCACUGGCUAUGCCCAGGUUAGCUUCUAAACCGAGGAUUUAGAAGCUGGAGCCCGAGGCUGCAGUCCUGAAUCACAGCUCCAUGGAAGGACUGUUCAAGCUGAACCUCAGGACUUAGGCUGUUUGCUUUGUUGCCGUUUUGUAAACCUAGACCCUUGCAAACCCCUUUCUCCUUGGUUGCGCCGUCCCUUUGCUGAGUUUUCUCAGGUUCAGGAGAGUAAGAGCAAGAGGAUCCACACACCUUCUGCCUCACCCUGUCCCAGAUGAGGAGACCAAGGUGGGGAGGCGGGCCUCUUGGCGGUCGGGACGCAACUGGGACAUAGUUGUUUGAUCUGGAACUAAACUCAGAUUUUUUUUUUUUUUGGGACAAUUUGUGCGCUGUUUAUUUGGUCAAUAAUAAUUCAAUGUCUACUGGCGUGGGGCCAGGCAUAUAGCCUAGCCUAGUUCCUCCUUCUCAACAGAGAGGAGCAGAAGUUGAACAAUUAUACCUGUAAAUGAUCAUUUA